AUGAGCUGCUGCAAUCAAACUAUGAUCAGUGAAUUUGUUCUGUUAGGAUUUUCCAACCUAGGGCAGCUUCAGAUCAUCCUCUUUAUUGUGUUUCUUGUCAUCUAUCUGGCAAGUGUGAUGGGAAACCUUCUCAUCAUUUUGCUAAUAAGUCUGGAUACUGCCUUACGCAGCCCUAUGUAUUUCUUUCUCCAAAACCUGUCCUUGGCUGAAGUUGGAUUCAUAACAACUAUUGUCCCUAAGCUGCUUGUGAACCUUCUUUCAGAAAGAAAGUCCAUCUCUUUGUUAGGAUGCCAGGCACAGAUAUAUUUUGUUUUCUUCUUUGGAGGCAUGGAGUGCUCAGUAUUGAUUGUCAUGGCCUAUGAUCGCUUUGUCGCCAUAUGCAACCCUCUGCGUUAUGUAGUCAUAAUGAACAGGAAGCUCUGUUUGCUGCUGGUGAUGGGCGUUUGGGCCUCAGGGUUUCCUGUUGCCACCAUACAAAGUACAUGGUUACUCAGUUUCCCCUUCUGUGGAUCCAAUGCAAUUUCUCAUUUCUUCUGUGACGCUCCACCAAUUCUAAUGCUUGCUUGUGCAGACACAAGUAGAUUUGAGCAGUUUUCUAUCAUUGGCACAUUUAUCAUUCUUCUUUGUCCUUUUACACUGAUCUUAGUCUCCUACAUCCAUAUCAUCAGUACUAUCCUAAGAAUGCCUUCAAUUGCGGGAAGACGAAAAGCUUUUUCCACUUGUUCUUUGCACAUCAUUGUUGUGACUCUCUUUUAUGGGUCAGCUAGUCUGACUCACUUUCAGCCCAAAACAAGCUAUACUUUUGGGAACAAACAUUUCCUUUCUCUCUCCUAUGUGAUCUUCACUCCCAUGUUAAAUCCCUUUAUUUACAGCCUGCGAAACAAGGAGGUGAAGGGAGCCUUUAGUAGGCUGCUCGGAAAGAAAAUAUGCUGA